AUGGCUAAACAACAUGUUAAGAGACGAGACAAACGCCGCGCUUUUACAGCCCUAGUGCGAUUUGGCCUAGCCACUUUUCCCAACACCUCUAACCCUUUUAGAGCUAGUUUAGACCAGCUAGUUAGUGACUUGCCAAUUGAUCAAGACUGUAAACGGUUUAUUCAGUCAGUUAUUGCUACCACUGAUAUUGAUAGUGCCCAGCGUGCCAAAGAAACCGAAUGGCUCUGUAAUGUUAUUUUUAGAGAUAAAGGUAUUCGCAAACUCAAAACUGCCGCACAAAAGCAUUCCCAUAGAUCUAUUCUUCUUUGCUCGCGCUUAAUUGGGUCUGAAACUCAAGCCUUUCUUCUUCCUUUGCUGCAGAUGGUUCAUUAUAGCUUGAUUAGCUACCAUGGCCCAGUACCCGUCUCUCUAGUCUUAGAUGCGCUUAUUAGGGCUAGAGACCUUACCCAUAACAAGAUUCUCUCCCGUAUUCGGCAAGACCUUCUUCUAGCGACUACUUCUCAGGAUAUUUGGACUGAAGUAGAAGUUCGAAUUGCCCGACUGGCCCAAACCACUCGGACUGCUGAGCCUUCCUUAAACCGCGCAACCCUCCAGGAACUAGCUCGAAUUAUCACUGCUCAUGAAACAGCCGAAGAAAUGCUAGGCUACUUGUUUAAGGAGCGAGACAAUCCUCUUUUUCUGUCCCUCUAUCUGACCGCUCUUAAUGAACUCCAACGCCAAGGCGCAGAUGUCGCCACCGAGAUCGCUAAGAUCGCCCCUCUAGCUAUCAAACAGAAACAAACCCGGGCCAUCCUUCAUUCCUUGCUAAACCGGGUCCCUAACUACCCCAGAAGCCUAGAGCGCAAUCAACUAUUAGCCACCAGCUUAUAUGACCUAUUUACCCAAACCAGCAGCUACCGACUUGUUGGUGCUCUAGCCAGUUUACUUGAAUACCUUCCGUCUCCAAGCCAAAAUCAGUGUACUACUCGGUUACUACACUAUCUAAAAUCACAACUUAAAAAAUCACCGGACAAUCUUCUUACCCCCGAGCUAGCUCAUCUCAUAACUAACUUGCUAUCUGCUAACCUUUCACAGAUUCCCAAUAGCCCGCAACUCUUCGCUCUAUUCAAAACCCUCCUAACUCAUCUAUUCAACCCUACCACAAACACUGAAACCCAUGUCAAAACCGCCUCUCUCCUUACCCACGCCUGCUUACAUCCCGCAUUAUACACCUCUAUUAUUGACCUAACUGCUUCCUCCUCUAGCCUCCCAGAAGUUGUCCUAGAAGCUUUCAUCCAGUCUAAUACUUUAUCCGAGGCCCUACUAUUCACUCAACUCGCUAAGCAAUGCCCGUAUACUCUCCUCAACCUAACCCGAGUUAUCACUCAGCUCUCUUCCAAGAAUCAGCCCACGCUUAUCAAUAACUUACUCGACUGGUCCCUAACUAGCCUCCAAUCCUCCCCUAGUGACUACUUGUACUCUCUUCUUAGCACGCUUGCACCUUUGUCUCCUUCCACUACUCAACACAGCAUUCUAGCCCAACUUCUUCUUAACCACCCGCAACCUCCACCAACUACUCUUCUAUCCGCCAUUAACACAAUUCUUCAACAAGCUCGUCCAACCCUAACAUUCGAGUCCGAAUCUCUUCCUCCUCUUCGCACUUUCAUGCGGGCUUAUCCCAAACUGAUCUCUGUUUCCCCCGUUGAGAGUCUUCCUAUCCUCUACCAACUAGGCCUCCAGCUGAUCCAAAUCUUCCCCCAAGCCACUGCACAGUGGCAAGAAUCUGGCUUAGCACUUAUCAAACGACUGAAGGGCUACGCCAACAACAAAAUACCCGCAGAAGCCGUCUUACUAGCGCGUAUUGCCAACAAAAGCACCCUCACCUUCUGGCUCGCCCAACUUUGGACCCAAACCAAUCCUCUUCCCGUUAAAACCCAUCGUACAGCUGUGGUCACGGCCUUUCAACACCUAUCAAUUAUCAACCUACCUGCCACCCUUACCUUUCUUCUUUUCCAUUAUCCCUACCUCAAUCUCGACAUCCGGACCCAACCCAAACCAGACCGCACUACAUCCCGCACUACCUCUAAUAAUCCUAAUAAUACUACUCAACUGCUACCACUUCACCACUUUAUUCUCAACUCCAUUUGUAAAAUCCUCAACCACCACUAUCUAUCGCACAAGCCUACCCGCAAUACCCUUCCCCUCCUGCUACCCUUACUUGAUCAUCUAUUAGCCACCACCUCCCCUAAACUCCGGCAAACUGCUUGUCUACUAGCCAAAUCCCUACUUCUUACCAACUGGGGGACUCCUACAGACUACUCCACUGCUGUUCGUCUUCUAAACCGUAUUUUCUCUCUAAUUACCGACUCUAAAUCAGCGUCCACUCUUAUCUCUGUUCUCCCGGCAUUUGCCACCCGUCUUUCUCUUGAUUUUGUUUCCACCUAUCUCAUUCCAGGCCUACACCACCCUAACAAACAGCUUCGGCGCACAUUUAGAACGGCUUUUCAAGCCGUCAGAGCUGGCCACCCUUUCAUGCUCUCACCAUCCCAGGAACUGCCAUAUCUUUUAUUUUGUGCGAACUAA